AUGAAUGAUCUGAAAACCUCCAAGUUACCAGUCCAAGAUAUCCCCAGCGAUGACUUGGAUCCGUACCAAGCUGCACCCCAAGAGCUGAGAGAUGUAUGGAAAUCAUGGACCAAGACCAAAGCACCCUUUCCCGAAGUCAAGCAAAAGCUCCAACCUGCACAAACGACCAUCCCAGAAGGCCUUUUGGUAGAGGAGUUCGUGACUUUUGUUCUUGAACAUCUGUUUACGCUGUUUCGCAACGACCCUCGAGGCCUGGAAAGCUUCAUAGACAAGUGCGAUCCUCAUGAAGAUGGACAGGCAUUGUCUAUGGAGAAUGCAGUACCUUCCGGUAUUCCUGAUCAAAAAUCUUUCUCGAAGGAGGCAUUCAUGCAUUACGCAAGAUCGACGUUCGUCCAACCUAUUCAAGCAUGCUGUAAUGUCAGGAGUUCGCUUAGCCGUGCAUCUACGGUUACACGCAUCUCAGGUCUUAUUUUCCUACCUGAUCUUCUGCCACCUAUCGUGCAACAGUGCCUUCUAGACAUGUUGUUACAUCGAGAGUUUUCCAAGCCAGAAAACCAGACCAACUUCCAUCUCAAUUACUAUGUCUCAUAUCCCGACAACCAGGCGUCUUUCUUCUCUACACUUCCACAUCUGUCAUCGCUUACCCCCAAAGAUCCUGCCCAGAAUAAACCGUUGUCGAACCGUACUGCAUUGGACAAAAGCCUCCAUUGGAUUACGCUUGGAGGACAGUAUGACUGGACAAACAAGGUCUAUCCAGCAGAAGCUCCUCCCAAAUUUGCAGAGGAUAUUGCGAGCCUAGUAGGGAACAUCUUCACAGAUAUGAUUCCUGAAGCAGCCAUCAUCAAUGUCUAUUCCGCGAAAGACAAGUUGAGCAUGCAUCGAGACGUGAGUGAGGAAGCAGAUCGUGGGUUGGUGAGCAUAAGUCUGGGUUGUUCAUGCAUUUUCAUCAUCGGUAUGCAAGACAAAACUACUGGAGAGAUUCUAUACGAAACUUUAAGAUUAAACUCUGGCGAUGCUGUCUACAUGGCGGGGGAGUCUCGCUACGCUUGGCACGGCGUACCAAAAAUCGUUCCAGACACUUGCCCAGAAUAUUUGCAAUAUUGGCCUGGAAAUCUAUAUCCCCAAUGGAGUGAAUGGAUGAGCAAGAAAAGAAUUAAUCUUAAUAUUCGACAAAUGUUUGAAUCUGGUGUGGUGGGCCAUGAUUCAUGA